CAACUAGCUAUACAAUACAAUAAUUAAACUAGUCUCAUAAUAUAAUAAAUAAAAUAAAUAAAAUGUUAUCACCCCCAUAUCAAAUCCCCCAUUGUUGUUUCAAGUUACACACUACUCCUUUCAAGAUUCAAACUUUAUCACAUCAUCAUCAUCAAUCCAACAUAAAAACAAUCCCCAAAUCCCAUUACACAACAGGAAUCUUUUACACCAUAGAUAAACAUCAUUACCCACAUCAUCAUCAUCAAAACCAUCAAAAUAGAAAUAAUGACGAUGAUUACAAUGAAGAUGAUUAUGAUCAAUCCAACUUCCGAAAUCGGUUCUGUGACUAUUCUCCUAUCUAUUUGAACGAUACCCAGAAGGAAAAACCUCAAAUUGUUACAGAUAAAAGUAAAGAAUCUCGUUGGGGCAUUUUAUCAAACAUGUGGUGGGCAGACUUGAAAGCAGCUGUUGGGCAAAGGAUUAAUGUUGAAGGGCUUCUUUUUUCGGUUUCGGUUAUUACUAAGAACAGAAAUUGGGUUAUUCCUCAUGUUUCUGUGCCUGAUAUUCGGUAUAUUGAUUGGGCUGCUUUGAAAAAGAAAGGAUUUGAAGGUGUUGUGUUUGAUAAAGAUAAUACAUUGACUGUUCCUUAUUCGUUGGCAUUGUGGGGCCCGAUUUCGGAGUCUGUGGAGUCUUGUAAGUCGGUUUUCGGGAACAAUAUUGCUGUUUUUAGUAACUCUGCUGGACUUCAGGAGUAUGACCCUGAUGGCAGGAAAGCUAGAGCAGUUGAAUUUGUUAUCGGUAUUCGCGUAAUCAGACAUCAGGUGAAGAAGCCAGCUGGAUCAGCUGAAGAAAUCGAAAGACACUUUGGAUGUGAUUCGUCAAAACUCAUAAUGGUUGGUGAUCGUCCCUUCACAGACAUCGUUUAUGGAAAUAGAAAUGGUUUUCUUACUAUAUUGACUAAGCCUCUGAGUCUUGCAGAGGAGCCUUUCAUUGUUAGGCAGGUUAGGAGAAUUGAGCUGGCUCUUGUGAACCGGUGGUUGAGGAAGGGGUUAAAACCUGCCAAUCAGAGGCUUUCUUCAGAUCCUUCGGAUUGUGUGAAAGAGCUACCACCCUUGUAAGGAAUGUAGUAGUAAACGAGGAACUCAAUGAUCUUAUGUAGUUAUGUGGCACAAGCCUAUGAUUAAUUUUUGUUAUUUUAUAACCGAAACAAAAUGUUGUGUGGGGUGGCUAACUUAAUGCCAUUGUAGGAAGUUCAGCUAAAGAAGUUUGUAUUUGAACUAGAGUAGAGGCAAUAGAGUUAUACUGUUAUAGGAUGGGCGGGUGGAGUGCUGGAAAACUGAGCUGACCCAGAACAUACAACGUCAGCCUUGGUCCUCCAUUCUCUGUUUUUACAACUCACGUUUUGGUUUUGUAAUGUAUUCAAUUUCUCAACUGAUUAAAAAGGUUCCCUAAA